AGCGCAGAGCAGAGCUGGCGGUCACAGUUGUGUCCUGGAUUGUAGCAGAGAGAGUUAUAAAGAGAGAGAGAGCAGCCCUCCUGCAGCCUGUUAGUCCACCACCACCACCAUGGAUGUCAAACUGCUGACUCUGACGGCUCUGCUGGCCGUGGCCACACAUGUACCAACCUCCAACGCUAAGCCCAUCAGUCUGGUAGAGCGGUGCUGGUGUCGUUCCACUCUCAGCACGGUUCCUCAGCGGUCCAUCAAAGAGCUCAAAUUCCUCCACACACCCAACUGCCCCUUCCAAGUCAUUGCCAAGCUGAAGAACAACAGGGAAGUUUGCAUCAACCCAGAGACCAAGUGGCUGCAGCAGUACUUAAAGAAUGCCAUUAACAAGGUGAAGAAAAACAGAAGACGCAAUAACAAGAAAAACUAAAAACAAGGGAAGACUUGUAUGUCGUCAGACCUGGCAUCCCCAGGUUGAUCCUGUAUACCUCCCUAUCACUGCUAUGGAUGUAUGUAAACACGCUGUAUGUACCUGUCCAUCUCUCUGGAUCGCUUGCAGAACCAGCACUUCACCGCCAAACCAUGCCGUCCCCAGCACCGCCACCAAUCCCCCUGGACACCCAGUCACCCUCAUGCAGUCACCCCCAACUCUCCCUGUUAGCACCAAGUGCAAUUAUACCACUGGAUUGAUGCAGCGCAUGCUGAUGUCAGAUAUACUUGUGUGUGUGUGUGUAUGUGUGUGUGUGUGUGCAUUUGAAUCUGCUUCACAUGAACUAACUCUGACUGUGUGUCUGUAUACAGUACUUUCUGAUAUCACGUAGCUAUAAACGAACAAUUUGAGCUUCCUGUCUCACACACAAGGCUUUGUGGGUAAUGCUACAUUCACUCUCUGUCCAAUUAACUCUAAAUUUGAGCUGCUGAAACACUCACACAAGCAUCCUUGGAGGAAUUUGUUGGCAGGUUCUGUCUAAAUAGCCCAAAUGUGGUUUGUCAAACAGAAGAGAUGGAAAAGUGAAAAUUAUGAGUUAUAUUUACAGCAGCACACUUACUUCCUCUUUAACGGUUUUUGAAAAAAGAAAAGUCUUAUCUUACUUUUAAAACUAAUAUUUGGGAUAGUGGUGUUACAAACUUUAAAUGUGACACUUCUCAUGUGAGGUGAAUUUGGCAUUACUCGAGGACCGAGGGCUUAUGGGACAGACAUAGAGAGGCUGUGGGGUCACAAGCACUGACCAAUCAGGGCAGCUUCCUGCACCAUCAGGAACAAAACAGAUGGAAGCUCACACACACUGCUAAGAGUCAAGCACUGAUCUUAUGGUGCUAUAUAUUCAGUAUAAGGGGUCAGAGCCAUGUACAUAAUUAUACUUCACUGUUUAUUAUAUGCAAGAUUUAAGAUGGGGUGUGACCUUUAUAUCUUAAAUGAAACACAGUUUUGUUUUUACUUGUCACACAAUAUUUAAAGCGCUGAUAUAAAAUAUUAAAUGGAAAGCUGAUGUUGUGCUAAGGCCAUACUAUACUGAUAACAACCAUAAAGAAGUGGAUUCAAACAUUGAUCAAUGCAGCUUUCUUACUGAUUGAUCAGUAGUAACAGAGACCAAAUAUUUAUACAGUAAAACAUGAAGAAACCUGUGAACCUCAAAAAGCAUGAUUGCCUCUUUCAUAUAUUGUUAUAAAAAAAGGUAGAAGAGAAUCAUCAUAAUUAUUAAUUUUCAAAGGGACUAGGUAAUAUAUAUAUAUAUAUAUAUAUAUGGUAAUAUAUAUAUAUAUAUCAUGCAUAUCAAUAAAGCAAUCAACUGCAGUAUUUCCAUACCAACACCUGUCCUUGGUAGGAAUAAAAAGCUAAUAAAUUGUCACAUAAAACAGCUGAACGAUAAAUGUCACAAAGGGAUUGUUCAUGGUGGCAAAAAAAUAUUUAGUUUUGAUUAUCCUUUUUUAUAAAUAUUUGAGCCACUUUAUUAUCAGAUGUGUUUUUUUUUAAAUGUAAUUGUUUUAUUUUUAUAUUGUGUAUAAUCUUACUUAAUGUUUUUUUAAUGCAAUGUACAGUAGGCAGUAGCUACUAAAUGAAGGCUAGUCGAAAAUGCGAGAAACAGUAUUAAACUUCAUUUUUAAGGUUUCAUGCAAUAUUUCACAUAUAUGUAAUGGUUUGUUUGCAAAUAUAUUAUACACAAUAUGCAACUCAUUCCUUUACCAAAGGAUUAAAACACUAUUUUUAUCUUUCUUUCUUUUUUUUUUGCAAUGUGGAAAAUCAGCCAAACAAAUCAAAUAUCGUCUUUCUGGUUUAGUGUUCGGUCCAUUCUGUUUCCUUAUCAACCAAUCUGAGAUGUAACAAAGAUGAACUGAAUAAAAACCUGUCCAACACACAGUGAUUGAAAACAAAAGCUGCUGUCAUUGUGUUACAUGAGACAGGAAACUAUUCAGCUCAGCCCACUAGUUGUCCCCGUCGAACACAGUUUUUAUAGAGUUUUACUGAGAUUGAUGUAUGAUGUGUCAAUAGAGCCACUGAGCCAGAACAAAACCUUUGAGUUCAGAUCCAAGCGACCAACAUGUGCUUUCAAUCUGGACACUCCCAGCACCCCACGGGCUUUCUUUUCAAUUUCGCUCGACUGCUGCCAUGCCGAAAAACUAGAGGCUGUUUUUUUCUUCCCUAAACUGUAAUAGAAGUCUGGUGCUUGUGGUCAUUGUUAUGGUCUUUGUUGUGUUUUACAUGGUCUAUUUGCUGAGUGCCUGAUUACAAGUGAUAAUCAUAUCAAUUUGCAGCUAAUGUUGCAAUAAUCCUGGAAGUGUAACCCAUUUCCCAUUAAUGUAAUAGAAGUUAAUAGACAUUAAUUUUAUAUUAUUAUACUAAUUUCUUUAAAAACAUUGCUAAACAACCUAAAAUGUUCCAAUUUCCAUGCAAAGAUAAAUGACUUAAACAAAACCCCCAUCCAUUCCCAAAUUAGCUUAUUAACUAUAGAGCUACAUCUUGUUACUUCAGUAAACUUUCUAAUGUAUAAUGUAAUGUAUAAUUAUCCAACUAACAGGGAAAGUAUACUGCAUUACCUGUGGUAAAACUUUAUUAAACAAACUCUUAGUGGCAUUUGUUUCAUUACUGUCUUAUGAUAAUUAAUUUGUUCUAUUAAUCAGACUUGUUUUUUUGUUAAGUACUGUGCCCCCUGUGGAAACAUUCUAGACAAAUACAUAGACUCCUUUAUCAUUGUGCAAAUAGAGCUUUUACAGAAGGUUUGUGUGUAUUAUUGGACCAGGCACACAUUCAGGUUCACAUUCAUCACCUUUACUGUGUUAAUAAAUGAAUACAAGUGGGUGCAUGUGUUCUACUUUGGACCCCAAGACAAUGUGAAAUAACUUCUUUUGAGGCAGCUUUUGACACAUAUACUUCAUAUACAUGAGAUGUAUUAGACGUAUUGCCCUCUGUAUUGUCACUGUUUGUAAACCAAGAGGCAGUAUUUUAGCUAUGAUACUCAAACCUUUUUUCAAUAAAGUCAUAUGAAACAAAA